CAGAGCAUACUCGAUCUUAGCUCAUUAUGGGACCGCUCCGGUGGUUCUCCGUCCUUGCUGCAGCGUCGACUGCUUUGGCCAUAACACCCGAGCAACUUAUCUCUGCUCCAAGCAGAAGCGAAGCUAUCCCCAACCGAUCUGGCGAUGUCGCACUGUUUUCCACGUCACAAUAUUCCUUCGGAACUCACGAGUCCUCCUCUUGGUGGAGCCUGAUCGACCUGAAAACCGGGGAGAUCAACCGGCUCACGAACGAUAGCGAUGUCUCCGAAAUUGUGUGGCUGGGAGAUUCUAGUGUCUUGUAUAUCAACAGCACCAACGCGAACAUCCCUGGUGGUGUGGAGCUAUGGGUUUCCGAUAUUUCCGACUUUAAGAAUGGAUACAAGGCCGCUUCAUUGCCGGCUUCCUUCUCGGGGCUGAAAGCCGUCGCCACGGGAACCGGCGAUAUACGAUUUGUUGCUUAUGCAGAGUCAUAUAGCAAUGGUACAGCGUACAAUGAGAAACUGGCCAUCACGCCUCGAAGCUCUGCCCGGAUCUACGACAGUAUAUACGUCCGACAUUGGGAUAGCUAUCUCACUACUAAAUUCAAUGCUGUCUUCUCCGGUACCUUGAAGGCUAGAAACGCCUCUAGUACAAAUGGAAAGCCCCGCUAUGUCUCUGGAGGCCCGCUACGGAACCUGGUAUCACCCAUCAAGAAUGCUGAGUCCCCUUAUCCCCCGUUCGGAACGUCAUCAGACUAUAAUCUCUCUCCGGAUGGAAAGUGGGUAGCUUUCAAGAGCAAGGCACCAGACCUUCCAAAGGCCAACUUCACAACUUCCUAUAUCUACCUUGUGCCCCAUGAUGGCUCCAAGAAGCCUGUUGCGAUUAAUAGCCCCGAAAGCGCAGCCAAGCCCAAGGGAAUCGAUGGAGAUUCCAGCAACCCUGUGUUCUCUCCUGAAAGUGACAAGUUGGCCUACUUCCAGAUGAAAGACAAUGACUACGAAUCGGACCGCCGCACACUUUAUGUAUACAGCAUUGACUCCGACUCUACUAUUCCAAGUCUUGCGACGGGUUGGGACCGGUCUCCGGACACUGCGAAAUGGACUGCAGAUGGAAAGACUCUGUUGGUUACCAGUGAAGACAAAGGCCGCUCCAGGCUUUUCUCUUUUCCAGAAGAUUCUGAAGAUGACUUCAAGUCCCAGAACUUCACUGACGGCGGUGCUGUGACAUCUUACUACCAGCUUCCCGACUCAACUUGGCUUGUCACCGGCAGUACUCUUUGGACAAGCUGGAACGUUUACAUUGCGAGUCCGGAGAAGGGUCUCAUCAAGACUUUGGCGUCUGCUAAUGAGAUCGAUCCUGAGCUGAAGGGGCUCAGUGCUGCUGAUGUUGGUGAGUUCUAUUAUCAGGGUAAUUGGACUGAUAUUCAAUCUUUCCUCGUAUAUCCAGAAAACUUUGACAAGAGCAAAUCUUACCCUCUGUUAUUUUACAUCCACGGUGGCCCUCAGGGUUCCUGGGCUGAUUCAUGGAGCACACGAUGGAAUGCCAAGGUGUUCGCAGACCAGGGAUACGUGGUCGUGGCACCAAACCCGACUGGUAGCACUGGUUUCGGCGAUGCGCUCACAGAUGCGAUCCAGAAUAACUGGGGAGGAUCACCCUACGACGACUUAGUCAAAUGUUGGGAAUACGUCCGCGAUAAUUUUGACUUCAUCGACACAGACCACGGGGUGGCAGCGGGUGCCAGUUACGGCGGAUUCAUGAUCAACUGGAUCCAGGGUAAUGACCUGGGCCGCAGGUUCAAAGCCCUGGUUAGCCAUGACGGAAGCUUUAUUGCAGACGCAAAGAUCAACACGGAAGAGUUGUGGUUCGCUCAGCACGAGAAUAAUGGCACUUAUUGGGACAACCGCGACAAUUACCGCCUCUGGGACCCCUCUUCCCCUGAGCGCAUCCUCCAAUGGGACACGCCCAUGCUCGUCAUUCACAGCGAGCACGACUAUCGUCUUCCCGUAUCAGAAGGUGUCGCACUCUUCAACGUCCUCCAGGAACUUGGAAUUCCUAGUCGUUUUCUGAACUUCCCGGAUGAGAACCAUUGGGUACAAGAUCCCGAGAACAGCAUCGUGUGGCAUCAGCAGGUGCUGGGUUGGUUAAACCGGUACUCCGGGGUGGAGACGAGAAAUGCGCAAGCUGUGAGCUUAGAUGAUACGACUAUUGAGGUUAUUAACUAUAAUCCUUGAUAGUGUACAUUUUAUAUAUAUAUAUAUAUCGAGGCGAGGGGUAAUCAUUCAACCUGAUCAAACCAACAUAUGAUACCGUCUACCAUACUAUAUACUCAUCUUUAUAGAGUAGAACAAUUCCUCACUUACUCAUAAAAUCAAAAUCAAACAUACAACAGCCAG